UGUUUACAGAUAGAUGAUGAGGAAGCCAAUAAUUUGCACCAAAAUGACUUCCACGAUAUUGCCUGUGAUACACAAACAUCUUAUAACUUUAAUUUAAAGGGUAAAAAAAUUGCUUUAAAACCCAAUCCGUGACUCAAUGAGGCCAAAUUUUGGGGUUUUAGGGGGUCUCAUUUUUUGGGAAAUCGCAACUAAGCAUCGUAUUCUUUAAAAAUUUCACCAUUUUUUUUUUAAUCUUUCGGAAAAUUCAAUGAAACAAACUACGAUUUCUAGCUAGUAUAGUUUGUUGUGAUGGGCCUUCAUUCUCCCGGCCACCUAGCGGAGAAAAAACACAGCAUGUUGUUAAAGGGCAAAGUGUUGUCUUUGGGUUGUUGUAUCAUUCAAUAUAACUAAGUAAUUAAUCUCUGAGUCACGGAUUGGGUGUUAUAAAAUGAAGUUUACAAAUGAAACAUCUUCUUUUGCAGAAAAUGAAGACUUGCGUCAUUCAAUUUCUUUUAUAAAGUUACUACGGCAUUGGGCUGCUUUUACUAGUAAAAAACAAAGCGACAUGACGUACCUAUUAACUUUGCUAAAGUUGUACGAGCCUAACCCGACCUACGCAUUACUACCUAGCACGGGAAAGGAAUUGAUGAAGAUUGACGGCAACGACUGGCCUACUUCGAGAAAUAAGCAAUUAAAAAACAAACUGCCUCCAGCCAUUCCAAUUGAUAGUGGGAAAUAUGUCCACUUUGGUGUAGAGAAUGCCAUAAAUGGUAUCUCUGUGGGACUGAUUAAUCGAGCCACAGAUCUUGUGAAGUUCUUCGACGUCUAUCAGAAAAAUUCAAAUCUGUUAUCAAAAAGCAUGCGUGCAAGAAUUGAAACCCUUGACACAACAUUUCAAAUUGAGAAGGUAAAACUGGUCCUACGAGGUGAAUAUACUACACGCGAAGCUGAAAUCAAUGUGCCUCAUUACGAAAUGGAUAUCAAUAUUGAUGAAGCGAAGCUGAAUGAGGACAAACAAGCUGCUACUAUUACUCCUAUACUAGGGAAGCUAGUUUCUAUCAAAUCCUCAGCUUCAAGCGAUGAAGGUACCAAAAUCCUGUUAGACACCUCCGUUUUUGUGAUUGGGUUUUAUGUGGGCGUUGGGAAACCGGCCGACAUCAACAGUUUUCUUAGCAAUCUCAUUAGUGAAUUAAUUCUCUUGUCACCGACUCUAAACUGCAUUCAUAGUCUAGAUUUUACUGUGUCGCUUCGCUGUGUGAUUGCAGACAGUCCUAUGCAGUCUUAUUUAAAAAGAACUAAGGGUCAUUCUGGUUACUGGGCAUGUGAUCGCUGCAUUCAAAGAGGGGAAAUGAUAAACCACACCAUUUUGUUUCGAAAUGUUAACGCGAAAAGUAGAACUGAUGAUGACUUUUGGACAUAUUACGUAAAUCAAUUUUCUGAAGACGAUCACUUAAAAGAUCCUACUGAUGUUAGUCCCUUUAAAGAAAUUAAUUGUCGUAUGGUAACUUGCUUUAUUAUUGAUCCGAUGCACACUGUAAUUGAGGGAGCUUUUGGGCGUCGACUCGAGGGUUUUGUGUUUGUGUCGGGGGAGGGUAAACUUAGCACCGCUAAAAUUGCUGAAGCCGAUAAAAGAAUUAAGUUCUUUCACGCGUGUCGCCCAGAAGAAUUUGACAGAUAUAUUGGAAAGCUUUCAACUUGCAAAAGUUAUAAAGUCCACGUGAAGCGCAACAUACUCUAUUAUCUGUUGUAUCCACUGUUUAAGGGGAUUCUUGAAGAUCACGAUCUUCAGCAUAUAAUGCUUUUACAAUAUGGAAUGUUACUUUUGAGUCCUUUCGAUAAAAAUCCAGUAUCUCAGUCAAAUUUGUUGGAAGCUAAAAAAGUUUUUGAACAAUACUCUGUUGGGCUUACGGAACUUGGCAUACCUUGUCGGUUUGUAAGCCAUCAAGUGACUCACGUGUGGGAGGACGUUAAAAAAUAUAAAUGCGGAAUUGAGACCAUCAGCGCUUUCCCGUUUGAAAGUUUUCAACGAUUUUUUCGCAACUGUUUGCGUAGUGGUAAUCGCCAGGCCGAACAAAUUCGAAAUAGGUGUAUUGAAAAAAACAAAUACCAACUCCCUACUACGGAAUGUGGAACAAUACUAACCAAUCAAAUGCAACUCGCCAUUGCAAAUAAAAAAUUUAAUGUAAAUUCCAGAUUUCCCCUUGCUUUUUUACGAAAAAGAGAGCGAUGGCCUAAAAGACUUGUAUUUGCUGAUUUCGUCCUGACUAAUCUUUUCCCUAAUAAUGUGAUUCUUGCAAACGAUGAAAUGGUCUACGUCUGCAUUGAUAUUGUUGUUAAUCAAGGCGAUGUAUGUAUCAAAGCCAAAAAAUUUGUUACCCUUUGGAAUGCAUUCAUAACACCGUAUGUCUCUUCUAAAUUUCAUACAUUUCUGGGGGGGAAGUUAAGUGACGAAAAUUUUGAAUUGUGUCCAUCUCAAAUCUUUGCCAAAAUGAUGGCCCUUCCUAUGAAUCCCUUUCCCCCAAUAUCGUUUGAUAAUGAAGAACUUGAGUGGUACUUAAUCCCCCUUUUGCAUUCAUUAAAAAAGUAAUGUGAAUUUCAUUUUU